CUAAACCCAUCCAACACAAAACCACCUCGUAACCUCACCAGAUAAUGGAUAUAGUAACAAACAAUUGCCUUUCAGUAUGUAUAAUAUAUACUUAUGUAAAAGACUAAAACUAAUGACCAAAAACAGAGACAGACUCAAAAUCUUGCCUUUAUAUAAUUAUUUUUGUAUAUCUAUAGUUCCUUUAAUCCAUAGGUAUGCUCAAGAAUUGAGGUCGGUUUCACUGGAUGCCGAUCCAUUCCCUGCAAUUUUGAUGGUUAGUCACACACUCACAUCCAUGUCUUGUUGAUUUAUUUUAUUAAAUGCUAUUUUGGAAUUUAGUGUUGUGCUAGUUUUGGGAUUUGGAUUUGGUCUACAGAGAUAUGAAUGUCUAUUUUGAGUUUUAAGCUAACUUCAUCUCUCUCUUUCUAGUGUGAAAGAAUAUUUCUAAUUUUCUACAGUAUGAGUUGUUUCUGUGUGAUGGGUGUCUGAAAAAUUUGCAGUGUUUUUUUCUUCUCUGAGUUUUGGUUACCUGGGUAAUUGAUUUGGGUACUUUAGAAGAGUGGUUCUGUUGAUAAGGAGAACUCUCUUUAGAUAUGUUCAAGGAGAAUCCAUUUGUGGUGAUUUUUCUUUUUCCUUUUCUUUGGUGGGUUUUUGGAUUGAGAAUCGGAGGAUGAGGUGGGUGUGAAUCAAUACCUUUAUUCAAGCCUUUCAUGGUUUCCAUGGGCACAGGAAAAAAGGGGGUUUUUGAAAAGAAAAAAAAAAUGAAAAAAAUGAAAAAGGGGUUUGCUUCUGAUUGGUAUGUAUGUACAAUGUACAUGGCAGUGGGAAUCACUUUUUUCUCCUUUUUCAUGAUGUCCCAUUGAAUGUGGUACAUUCUUUUCUUUUUCUUUUUAUCGAAGGAGCUAAAUUUUGCUGGAUUUUGGGUUUGAUAUAGGUUUAUUCUGUGAGUUGUUAGGUAUAGAGCACAUCUUUGGGGAUUCCAUGUUGGAGGGUUUGAAUUUCACUUUAAUGGUGUCAUAGGAUUCUGUGGACAUGGGUUGGAUUGAUUGAAGAAUCUAUUGGAGGGGGGUAAUAAGAAGAAAAAGAGGAUUUGAAGAGAAGGGUUGGUUGAGAUGUCAUCCAAAUCGACGGACAAGAGUAGUUCUUCCAGGGGCAGCUCUGCUCGAGUGAAGCACAAUGCUCAUGUGGUUGCACAGACCCCCAUUGACGCAAAGCUUCAUGUGGAUUUUGAAGAGUCUGAACAGUUAUUUGAUUACUCUAAUGUAUCGAGUUCUACUAGCAAUGUUCCCUCCUCUACUGUAUCUGCUUAUCUGCAGAAGAUGCAAAGGGGAGGUCAUAUCCAAUCGUUUGGUUGCAUGAUUGCCAUCGACGAGAACCUCACUAUCCUUGCCUACAGUGAAAAUGCCCCAGAAAUGUUGGAUUUAGCCCCACAUGCAGUUCCAAGCAUUGAGCAGAAAGAAGCUUUGGCUUUUGGAACAGAUGUGCGGGCACUCUUUCGAUCCCCAGGUGCUGCUGCGCUGCAGAAAGCGCUGAAUUUUGGGGAAGUUAGUCUCCUCAACCCCAUAUUAGUACAUUGUAGUAAUUCUGGCAAGCCCUUUUAUGCAAUUUUGCAUCAAAUUGAUGUGGGGUUUGUUAUAGAUCUGGAGCCUGUGAAUCCGGCUGAUGUGCCAGUAACAGCUGCUGGAGCAUUAAAAUCAUAUAAGCUUGCUGCUAAAGCCAUCUCAAGGUUACAAUCUUUGCCAAGUGGGAAUAUAUCACUAUUAUGUGAUGUGUUAAUUCGUGAAGUGAGAGAUUUGACUGGUUAUGAUCGGGCAAUGGUGUAUAAAUUUCAUGAAGAUGAGCAUGGUGAAGUUGUUGCUGAGUGUCGCAGACCCGAAUUGGAACCUUAUCUCGGUUUGCAUUACCCUGCUACUGAUAUACCACAAGCUUCUAGAUUUCUCUUCAUGAAAAAUAAGGUUAGGAUGAUCUGUGAUUGUUUAGCCCCGCCAGUGAAAGUAAUUCAAGACAAGAGAUUGGCUCAGCCAGUGAGUCUUUGUGGAUCCACUUUAAGAUCUCCUCAUGGGUGUCAUGCACAGUAUAUGUCAAAUAUGGGUUCCAUUGCUUCUCUUGUGAUGUCAGUGACGAUCAAUGAGGAAGAUGACGAUGUGGAGAUUGAUCAGCAAAAGGGAAGAAAAUUGUGGGGUUUGGUGGUAUGUCACCACACAAGCCCUAGGUUCAUUCCAUUUCCUUUAAGGUAUGCCUGUGAGUUCUUGAUUCAAGUUUUUGGUGUUCAGAUUAACAAGGAAGUGGAAUUGGCAGCUCAACUAAGGGAGAAGCAUAUUUUGCGGACUCAAACAGUGCUUUGUGACAUGCUCCUAAGAGACAACCCCGUGGGAAUCGUCACUCAAUCCCCAAACGUGAUGGAUCUUGUCAAGUGUGAUGGAGCUGCACUGUACUACAAGAACAAAUUUUGGUUGCUCGGGGUAACCCCGACAGAGCCACAAAUUAGAGAUAUAGCUGAAUGGCUUCUUGAGUACCACUGCAGUAGUACUGGGUUAACUACUGAUAGCCUCGUGGAAGCUGGCUAUCCAGGUUCCUCCAUUCUUGGUGAUGCAGUAUGUGGAAUGGCUGCUAUUAAGAUUACUUCAAGAGAUUUCCUCUUUUGGUUCCGGUCUCACUCAGCGAAGGAGAUCAAGUGGGGUGGUGCAAAACAUGAUCCUGAUGACAAAGGUGACAGAAGAAAAAUGCAUCCCAGAUCGUCAUUCAAGGCCUUUCUGGAGGUGGUCAAGGGGCGGAGCCUACGAUGGGAAGAUGUGGAAAUGGAUGCAAUCUAUUCCUUACAGCUGAUAUUGAGAGAAUCUUUGCAAGAUGAGAUCAUGGAUGAUUCCAAAAUGAUAGUGAAUGUUCCAACAGUUGACACCAGUAUACAGCAGGUCGAUGAGCUGCGUUCAGUGACGACUGAAAUGAUUCACCUUAUUGAAACUGCUUCAGUCCCUAUAUUGGCUGUUGAUGACUCUGGUAAUAUUAAUGGGUGGAAUACCAAAGUAGCUGAGCUUACUGGAUUAGAUUUGCAGCAAGCCAUGGGCACGGCCUUAUUGAAUCUUGUUGUGGAUGAUUCAAUCGUUGUAGUGAAAAGCAUGCUUUCCUUGGCUUUAGAAGGUAAGGAAGAGCAGAAUGUUGAAAUCAGACUAAAAACAUAUGGUCCUUUGGAAAACAAUGGUCCUGUUAUCUUGGUUGUCAAUGCAUGUUGUAAUCGAGACAUAAAAGGACAUAUUGUAGGGGUUAGUUUUGUUGGGCAAGAUGUUACUGGGCAAAAGAUGAUUAUGGACAAAUACACCCAAAUCCAAGGAGAUUAUGUUGGGAUCAUGCGGAGCCCUUGUGCCCUUAUUCCUCCAAUAUUUAUGAUGGACGAGCACGGCCGAUGCUUGGAGUGGAAUGAUGCAAUGCAAAAAUUGGCUGGCUUGAAGAGGGAAGAAGCCAUUGAUCGGAUGCUUCUGGGAGAGGUCUUUACAGUUGACAAUUUUGGUUGUCGGGUCAAAGAUCAAGACACAUUAACUAAGCUCAGGAUAUUAGUGAAUGGGGUAAUUGCAGGCGAGGAUGCAGAUAAAUUGCUGUUUGGGUUCUUUGAUCAGCAGGGUAAAUAUGUUGAGGCACUGCUUUCUGCAAACAAAAGGACAGAUGCAGAGGGAAGCAUUACUGGGGUUUUAUGCUUUUUGCAUGUAGCUAGCCCGGAACUUCAGUAUGCGAUGCAUGUGCAAAGAAUAUCAGAACAGGCAGCGACGAAUAGCCUCACUAAAGUGUCCUAUAUUCGUCAUGAAAUCAGAAACCCUUUAAAUGGAAUAAAGUGUUUACAGAAUCUAAUGGAAUCUUCUGAUUUAAGCAAAGAGCAGAGGCAGCUUCUGAAGAUGAGCACAUUGUGUCAGGAACAAAUAGCCAAGAUUGUAGAUGAUACUGAUAUCAAGAGUAUUGAGGAAUGCUAUAUGGAAAUGAACAGUAGUGAAUUUAGUCUCAAGGAAGCUCUGGAAGUGGUUAUAAAUCAAGUUAUGAUUCUGAGUCGUGAACGCAAGGUGCCAGUCAAUUAUGAUUCUCCUGCUGAAGUGUCUUCUAUGUACUUGUAUGGUGACAACUUGAGGCUUCAGCAAGUCCUUUCAGAGUUUCUGACAAAUGCUAUCCUCUUUACUCCUGCAUUUGAGGGAUCAUCAGUGCAGCUGAGGUUAAUUCCAAGAAAGGAACGUAUAGGGGCAAAGAUGCAUGUUGUUCAUCUUGAAUUUCGGAUCAUCCACCCAGCACCAGGCAUUCCAGAAGAAUUAAUUCAAGAGAUGUUUCACCAUAAACAAAAUCUCUCGAGGGAAGGUCUUGGCCUAUUUAUCUGUCAAAAGCUUGUGAAGAUCAUGAAUGGCACUGUACAAUAUCUUAGAGAGGCAGAGAGGUCUUCCUUUGUUAUUCUCAUAGAAUUUCCAUUAGCUUACCAGAUAAAGCACCGGGAACCAAAAGGUUGAAGAGAAUUUUAAAGGGUAGGGGAAUAAUCUUCAUGGCCGCCUCACAGAACCAAGUCGGUGGCAUGUUUACAAGUCAGGUAUUCUCGUAGCAGAAUGCUUCCAAUGUUUUAGCAUGAAGAUUCACAAUAAGUUCAGCAGAAUGCUUUCAUGGCCUCAAGCUGUUGUAUCUUUUCCACCUUUUUGUAUAAUCAAUUUUCCUUCUUUCUGCCCUUAUAUAGCCUUUUGGGUUGAAAUUUUCUGUUCCUUAGGACUAAUAAGGAAACUGUUUCGGGCAAAACUGUACAGGGAAACCAAACAAUCAACACAUGGCCUUAACUCUAGUUCAGUUAUUGACAGGUUGUUUGCGGAGUCAAAUGAUACUGAUCCAGAUUGUUGUCUUUAUUUUGAGAUGAAAUCUUUGAAGA